AAUCUCACUGAACCAAAAUAAGAAGUAAUUUUGAUAACGAGGUCAUAAUGUCGAAUUCACCGAUCUAAGAGAUUUAUCGCUGUAGUAUUUCAUAUCGUACCUACAGUACUAGUUAUACACUAAAACGACCAAACUGUGCGCUAAAUUAUUGUUAUAGGGACUGUUUGGUUCUAGGUAAAGAGACUUUAAGUAGGUAGUUCCCAAACAUGGUACUACAGCGUAAAGAUCAGUAUGACAGAGCGAAGUACGUUUCCAUUUUGAGAAGGGAGCCGACGAAAUUUUAUCUUCAGCCAGAUGUGGUUGCCUCGUCAGGAUGUAUGAUAGUGGUGUCCAAUCGGUUGCCGUUCGUUCUACAGCGAGAUAAGGAUGGAGCACUUUUUAGGAAAGCCAGUGCCGGUGGUCUGGUUACAGCUGUAGCUCCUGUAGUAAUAAAUGGAGGGGGAUUAUGGGUAGGAUGGCCAGGUAUACAUUUAGAUGAUCCUAAUGAACCCAUUCCAGAGUCUGACCCUAAUGAUAUUACUCCCACAGCAGGAUUAAAAUCAGAAAAGGUAGUUGCUGUGCAUGUUGAUCCCACAAUUUUCGACGCCUACUAUAAUGGAUGCUGUAAUGCUACUUUUUGGCCUCUAUUCCACUCCAUGCCAGACAGAGCGUCGUUUAAAGCUGAAUAUUGGAGAGCAUAUUUGAAAGCCAAUGAAGCAUUUGCGGAAUGUACAUUAAAAGCAUUAAAAACCUUGCCUAAAACUUCGACUGAAAUACCAUUGAUCUGGGUGCACGAUUACCAUCUCAUGUUGGCAGCUAACUGGAUAAGACAGGCAGCUGAUGAACAAGAAAUAAAAGUGAAAUUGGGAUUCUUCUUACACAUUCCCUUCCCUCCUUGGGAUAUAUACAGACUGUUCCCAUGGGCAGACGAAAUACUUCAAGGUAUGCUCGGCUGUGAUCUGGUGGGAUUCCAUAUAACUGACUAUUGUAUAAAUUUUGUUGACUGUUGCCAAAGAAGCUUGGGAUGUCGAGUUGACAGGAAGAACCUCUUGGUUGAACAUGGUGGCAGAACUGUUCGAGUAAGGCCUCUGCCUAUCGGCAUUCCUUUCGAGAGGUUCGUUGAAUUAGCUGAAAAAGCACCAAAAGUGAUCUCAACUAACCAGAAAAUUAUACUCGGAGUAGAUAGAUUAGAUUACACGAAGGGACUUGUACAUAGACUGAAAGCUUUUGAAAAGCUGUUGGAAAAUCAUCCCGAACAUAAAGAAAAGGUAUCACUACUUCAAAUUUCGGUGCCCUCGCGGACAGACGUAAAAGAAUACCAAGAUCUUAAAGAAGAAAUGGACCAACUUGUAGGAAGAAUAAACGGAAGGUUUACGACACCUAACUGGUCACCCAUAAGAUAUAUUUACGGCUGUGUAAGCCAAGACGAACUAGCAGCUUUCUACAGGGACGCAGCUGUAGGAUUAGUAACACCUCUAAGGGACGGAAUGAAUCUCGUAGCCAAAGAAUUCGUAGCCUGUCAAAUAAACAUACCACCUGGAGUACUCAUCGUAUCUCCGUUUGCUGGUGCCGGUGAGACGAUGCACGAAGCUCUGAUCUCGAAUCCGUAUGAAAUAGACGAAGCUUCAGAAGUCAUUCACAGAGCUCUGACCAUGCCAGAGGAUGAAAGAAUAUUGCGUAUGAACUAUUUGCGACGAAGGGAGAAACUGAAUGAUGUUAAUUAUUGGACAAAGUCGUUCCUCUCGGCGAUGGGCUCGCUUUUGACACAAGAGGACCAUGACGAUAUUGGUUCUACAAAUAUGCCGGCCGUUACUUUAGAUGAUUUUGAUGAAUAUUUAUCAAAAUACAUUGGAAACACGCAUAAACUGGCAUUACUCCUCGAUUACGAUGGUACACUUGCCCCAAUAGCACCACAUCCUGAUCUCGCUAUUAUUCCUGCCGAAACGAAAAAUGUUUUGCAAAGAUUAUCAAAUAUGUCGGACUGCUACAUCGCCAUUGUCAGUGGAAGAAAUGUUAACAACGUAAGAGAUAUGGUUGGAAUCGAUGGUAUUACUUACGCCGGAAACCACGGUUUAGAGAUUUUACAUCCAGAUGGAACGAAGUUCGUACACCCGAUGCCAACCGAGUUUCACGAUAAAGUAGGGGAUCUAAUGCGACAGUUACAAGAAAAGGUGUGCAGAGAAGGGGCUUGGGUCGAAAAUAAAGGAGCAUUACUGACUUUCCAUUUCAGAGAAACUCCAGUGCAAAUAAGAGCAUCAUUGGAAAAAGAAGCUAAAAUAUUAAUUGAAUCUGCUGGAUUCAUCGCUGAUCACGUACAUUGCGCCAUUGAGGCAAGGCCCCCUGUACAAUGGAACAAAGGUAGAGCCUCAAUAUACAUACUCAGGACCGCUUUUGGAGUCGAUUGGAGUGAAAGAAUCAGAAUCAUAUACGUCGGUGAUGAUCAAACUGAUGAAGAUGCUAUGCAGGCUCUGAAAGGUAUGGCAGCUACAUUUAGAGUAACAUCCUCCCAAAUAACGAAAACAUCAGCUGAACGUCGUCUGCCAUCCACAGACGCGGUCUUAACGAUGUUAAAAUGGGUGGAAAGACAUCUAGGAAGAAGGAAGCCAAGUUUGGACGGGGGCUAUGUAAGAAGAAACUCUGCACAGAUUCAGCACACCAUACAAAUGGAAUUGCCCUUAGGGCAGCAGUCUAACAAUUCGACAAAAGACCAUUAAAAUCUAGCCAAAUUAUUGUGAUGUUAUAUGUAAAUAUAAAAAUAGGAGUUAAGUUUUCGUUGUGAAAGUGUUUUCUUGUAUUAAAGGUACUUGUUAAUAUAAUAGCCCAAUAAAUGACCGUUUUGGAGUAUUAUUUUCAGGGUCAACUCCGAAUUGCAUCAAAAUUUGGUUUUAGGUUCUACUUACCCUCCACUUCAAAGUUUAUCUUGUGCCGUUGGUUGCUUUUACUUGGGGGUGACAGUCAACCCUUCUUGGGGGUGAAAAAAGCACGUUUAAAAUAAGUCCGCAAAUGGAUAAAUUGACUAAUUCUAAGCAACUUUCAUUCUACAGAUUUUUUUAUUUAGGUCAAUACUUUUCAAGUUGUUGUUGUUUAUUUUUCGCCAGAAAAAUCACGUUUUCAGGCGGUUUUUCGCAAAUAAUUCAAAAAGUAAAUAUUUUAUCGACAAAAAUUGUCUUAGAAAAAUGUAGCUUAUAAAAAAUCGAAAAAAAUGGAGUAUUAAUAAAUUCUAUAAACCCAGUAAAAGUUGUAGCUCAUGAAAUAUACAUUAUUUUUCGUCAAAUUUCACAUCGAAUACUUGAACGUCAAAUAACCAAAAAAGUUUGACCGGUUCGAAGUGCUUAUUUUUGAAAAAAAAAAAAAUGGUUUUAUAGUUAAAAAAAAUUAUAGUUUUCUAAAAAUUUUGGAAAAUGUUGUUUUUUUUUUAUCAAAAUAACUUAAAAGUAUUAGUGAUACGAAAAAUGUAGGUUUUACUUUUAUAAAUAUGCUAGUUUCAUUCCUUCUUUUUUUUCAAAUAAAAAUUUGUUAAGAUAUGGCCUUUCAAAGUUUGCAUUCACUCGUGAUUAGUAACUCGUCCAAGUCUUUUCAUCUAUACCUCUUUCCAAAAUAAGCACUUUAAACUAGUGAAGCUUGCAAAUUAUAUAAAAAUUACAUAAGUAAAGUAAAUUCUUUGUAAAGCGGUAACGGUUAAUUUCAUUUAGAGUGCUAAAUAGGGGGAGAUUUUCACGAUUUUUUUUUACCAAAAAAAGGGGUCAACUUUAUUUUGAGCAUAACUCGCUUAGUUUUAAUGCUAGAAACUUGGAAAAAAUAAAAAUAUCGCUUUUUUAGACACUUUAAAAAUUUGUAAUGGGUUUUUCCCAAAAACUGAUUCAUUAUUUGGUUAUUUUGGUGUACCUUGAAAUAUUCUAUUUGGAAUUUGACGAAUAAAAACGUAUUUUUCAUGAGCUACAACUUUGAUUUUGCUGGGUGUAUAUCUUUUACGAAUACACAACUUUUUUUCAUUUUUUCUAUGGUACAUUUUGGCUAAGAAUAUUUUUUUUAAUAUAACAACUAUAUUUUAGUGGUUGAGUUGUUUGCGAAAAACCGCCUGAAAUCUUGUUUUUUUUUUGUCGAAAAAUAAACAUUUUCAAUCUCAAAUAAUUCGAAAACUGUUGACUUACUUAAAAAACUCUAUGGAACGAAAGUUGCCUAGAAUUAGUCAAUUUGUUCAUUUCCGGACUUAUUUAAACACGUGUUUUUUCUCCCACGAGAAGGGGUGACCGUCCACCCACAAGUAAAAGCAAUUAAUGGCACAAGUUCAACUUUGAAGUGGAAGGUAAGUAGAACCUAAUGCCAAAUUUUCAUGCAAUUCGGAGUUGACCCUGAAAAUUACAAGGUAUUUCGCGUUCAUUUACUGGGCUAUAAACAAACUACUAAUGUUGGCAGCGCACAGGGUAAAUAGCAACUGAUAAAAUUUGACAUAGUUUACAGAUAUUUUGAAAAAAAUUUACAAUACAAUACAAUAAAAGAAAUAUUAUAAAAUAUACGUAAUAAUAUUUAAAUAUUUUUUUUCAAUAGAAUUCAAAAUCCUUUAGUUCUAUUUUAUUGUUAGAAUACAUCACUGCCCAUUUUUUGCCUUCGAUAUUUUUUUCUAUCUGUGUAAAUACUGUUUCCUAAAUAAACGUUAGAUAUUUCCUUUUAUUAUAGGUCUGGAUCCCGCGUAUGAAAAAAAAGUUGAUUAAUAGCAAGCUGAAAAUUUGUUAAUAGCUUAAGGGUGUCUAGUCGAAUAAACUUUGAUAUAUGGGAACACUGAAACAGGGGCAGUUUUAAUUGUGGAACAGGUUAAAAAUUUGGAACGGUCACAGCACGAAAACGGCACAUUUAUUUUGUCCGACAGAACAGACUUAAACUCUCCGAACAGAGAUUAAACUCUCAUGAAAAAAUCAGACUGCUAUUUAUUACCUGUCAUAAUUCCUGUCAUUUGACAUAUUCUACAUGUUCCACUCAUUAAAACGCCCAUUUGGUGAUAAAUAGCAGUCUGAUUUUUGCAUGAGAGUUUAAUCUCUGUUCGAAGAGUUUAAGUCUGUUCUGUCGGACAAAAUAAAUGUGCCGUUUUCGUGCUGUGACCGUUCCAAAUUUUUAACCUGUUCCACAAUUAAAACUGCCCCUGUUCCAGUGUUCACACAUAUCAAAGUUUAUUCGACUAGACACCCUUAAGCUAUUAACAAAUUUUCAGCUUGCUAUUAAUCAACUUUCUUUUCAUACGCGGGAUCCAGACCUAUUAUGGUCUAAGUAAUGUCAUAUCUAACUGAUAUAAAUUUAAGUCGUCGAAAGAACAAUUGUUUUUUUAUCAAACCAUUUUAUAAGAAUUUACACUAUAAUAUACUGACUAUAUAUAGACAUUUUUCUCCAAAAGAUCAGUUGCAGUGGAUUGUUUAGCUGUCACUAACAAAGAGCGUUGAUAAAAUUUGAGAAAAAACUUUGAAAAUACUCAAAAUUAAACAAAUUACUCACACUAAGGGUUUUGUAAAAAUAUAAAUAGUAAGGUCUACUAUGUCAUUUUUGUUUACAGUUUUGGUUUGUUUGCGCAUUUUCUUAAUUAUUUCUUACGAAACUAAAAAUUUUAUUGUAUAAAAACAGGUAGGACCAAUUAUGUUUCCUUUGAUGCCUAAACCUGGCAUGUUUAUCUUUUUUCCUUCCUCAAUAGCGUUACAGGUGCCACUUGUCAGUUCUGAUUCCCGUCAGGAUUGCACGUCCUUAAUCAUCUUUUUUUUUCUAUCGUUGCCCCUGUAAAGCUUUCUACACCAUAUUCUAUUGUCUACUGCUUCUAUUGGCAACCUGUCCUAACCCGUCUUCACUAUACAGCCAAGCGAUUUAAAUUUGUUGGGACUAGCUAAUUUUGAGAUGUUUCUUUGAACAGUUCCUAAAAGCUAUAUUAUAUCCCUUGUAUGUGUCUGGAUCUCCUUAACCUAUUUUCGUUGGUUCAGCCAAAUAUCUGCACGAUUUUGCUUUAAAACAUUUAUUUAUAUAUUAUAAUUACUUUUUAUUUGUCUUUAUCGCUUAUAUCUGGCAUCCAUAAUCUAUUGAUCUUCUAAUGUAUUGUGAUGCCAUCUGUUUUCAUUAUUAUUUUUUGAGUUUCUGCUUCUUCUGUUUUCUCUAAUUGUAUGUAUUUUUUAGAUUUGUGAAAGUUUUUACUGCUUCAGCAUUAUCUACUAGUACUCUAAUUUGGUUUCUAUUCGCCCUUGAUCUUUUUCGUGUUACUAUUUUCGCCUUUGGUAUGCUUAUUUUUUGAUCAAUAUACUCGGCCUUUCUUUUCAGUAAGUGUAUAUUUUUUUCAAUUUUUGCUUGUCUUAUAGCAUAUUCAAGACCCAGGUUAAACAGUGUUACGGCAUUGUUUUAACUUUCAUUUUAUUAGAUACUCUUGUACAAAUUAAUUAAUUUAUUAAAUUAAUCAAUUAUAUUUUUUUAUUUUUAGUAAUAUACUUACACAUUUUAUCACCUGUAGAUUCGUUUACUGCAUAAAUUCUUAGUGUAGUUUUUAUAAGUAGGUUGUUUCUUGAAGAAGUCUUGCAACAGAGCUUUUAAGAAGAAUAUUGUAAAAUUAUUGUACCUAUAUGUUUCGUAUUUAUUUAAAUAUACAUGAUUCUGGCGAAGCCAAAACUAUUUUUACUAUUAUUAAUACAUUUUCUUUGUAUUUAUGUUAUUUGUUUUAAUUUUUAGUGUUAUUUUACUAUUAAAAUAAAUAUAAAUUUGUAUCAAAUUCA